CUUCUUGGUGCUGCCUCCAGGCUUGCAGCCAUAAAGCCACCUGCACCAGCAGAGCUACCGCCACAAGCACCAGCAUUAGUAGUCAUGGCUCAAGUAGUGUUGCAGGCGCGCCAUGUCCUCCAUGAACAAGCGCCAGCAGCAGUAGUCUCCGUCCUGCUUAUCGUCUGUCCUCUUCUCGCCUUCCUGAUCGUGCGCCGCCAUCGACGGCCAUCGACGGCCAGAGAGAGAGAGCAGCUGCUGAGCAAGCUGCCUUCUCCCCACAGCAGGCUCCCCAUCAUCGGCCACCUCCACCUCGUGGGCUCCCUCGCGCACGUCUCCCUCCGCGACCUCGCCGCCAGGCACGGCCGCGACGGCCUCAUGCUGCUCCGCCUCGGCGCCGUCCCGACGCUCAUCGUCUCCUCGCCGAGCGCCGCGCAGGCCGUCCUCCGCACGCACGACCACGUCUUCGCGUCCCGGGCAUACUCCCCCGUCACCGACAUCCUCUUCUACAGCUCCACGGACGUCGCCUUCGCCCCCUACGGCGAGCACUGGCGGCAGGUCAGGAAGAUCUCCACCGCGCACCUCCUCACCAACCGGAAGGUCCGGUCCUACCGCCAUGCGCGGGAGCAGGAGGUCAGGCUGGUCGUCGCCAAGAUCCGCGAGGCGGCCGCCGCCGGCACCGCCAUGGAUCUCAGCGACCUGCUCAACUCCUUCACCAACGACAUCGUGUGCCACGCCGUGUCCGGCAAAUUCUUCAGGGAGGAAGGCCGGAACAAGCUCUUCCGGGAGCUCGUCGAGGCCAACUCCUCGCUCAUCGGCGGCUUCAACGUGGAGGACUACUUCCCGGCGCUGGUGAAGCUGGGCAUCGUCAAGAGGAUGGUGUGCGCCAAGGCCCACAGGGUGAACAAGAUGUGGGACGACUUGCUCGAAAAGCUUAUCGAUGACCAUGCAAGCAGGCCACCAGCGUCGGAACGCGACGGCGAGGAGACCGACUUCAUCGACGUGUUGCUCUCAGUUCAGCAAGAGUACAGGCUCACGAGAGACCAUAUCAAGGCGCAGCUGGCUAUCAUGUUCGGAGCUGGCACGGAUACGUCAUUCAUCGUGCUGGAAUAUGCAAUGGUUGAGCUCAUGCAAAACCCUGGCCUCAUGAACAAGCUACAAGCCGAGGUGAGAAACAAUAUAGCCAAGGGAAAAGACAUGGUUACCGAAGAGGAGCUCAACAAUCUCGCCUACCUCAAGGCAGUCAUCAAGGAGACACUCCGACUCCAUAUGCCGGCACCUCUCCUUUUGCCCCACCUCUCCAUGGCCGAAUGCGACAUAGAGGGCUACAAGAUACCAGCAGGGACGCGUGCCAUCGUCAACAGCUGGGCUCUUGCAAGGGAUCCUAGCUAUUGGGGAAACGCGGAGGAGUUUGAGCCUGAGCGAUUCAUGGAAGGUGGUAGCGCCGCAGCUGUGGACUAUAAGGGAAAUGAUUUCUUCUACUUGCCAUUUGGGACCGGGCGGAGGAUGUGCCCUGGCAUAAACUUUGCAAUUUCCACAACCGAGAUCAUGCUAGCAAACCUUGUCUACCACUUCAACUGGGAGCUACCACUAGAAUUAGCAGAGAAAGGCAUUGAUAUGACUGAAUCAUUCGGGGUGACAGUGCAUCGCACACAGAAGCUCCUCCUUGUCCCCCGACUCCCCGUAGUGCCACAAGAUUAAUAUGUACAUUAUAUUAAUUGAUCCUUUUUUAGGGACCUAUCUUAUAAUUUCAAUUCCAAGUUUGAUACUACAAAACAGACUUUUGAAAAACAAAUACUAAAGUAACACCCUCGAUGGUUCAGCUCAUGCAAAACCCUCGUCUCAUGAACAAGCCACAACCCGAGGUGAGAAACAAUAUAGCCAAGGGAGAAGACAUGGUUACUGAGGACAAGCCCAACAAUCUAGCCUGCUACCUAAAGGCAGUUAUCAAAGAGACACUCCGACUAGUGUUGUAUCAAGGAUUUGAAGCAGGGUGGUCCAAUGAUCGGAGGCAAAAAAAAUUUAGUAUCACAAA